AUGACUAUACAGCAAGUCCUAUUACUUCUGCUGCUCUGGAUGUGGCUGCCACAGCCUUGCCAUACAGAAAUGCUGUUCAGAAGGACUCCUGAUCUCAGACCCAAAAGCUUUGGAGGACGUUCAACAGGGCAUGACGGGAAAACGAUUCACCGCCAGAAGCGAGGCUGGAUGUGGAACCAGUUCUUUCUUCUGGAGGAAUACACAGGAUCUGAUUAUCAGUAUGUGGGCAAGCUUCAUUCUGACCAGGACAAGGGAGAUGGCUCCCUCAAAUACAUUUUGUCAGGAGAUGGGGCUGGCACUCUUUUCAUCAUUGAUGAGAAAACAGGAGACAUUCACGCCACUCGGAGGAUUGACAGGGAAGAAAAAGCCUUUUACACCCUGCGAGCCCAAGCUAUUAACAGAAGAACUUUGAGGCCAGUGGAACCUGAAUCUGAGUUUGUCAUCAAAAUCCAUGACAUCAAUGACAAUGAGCCAACGUUCCCAGAGAAGAUUUACACUGCCACUGUUCCUGAGAUGUCAGUUGUGGGUACUUCUGUGGUGCAAGUUACAGCUACUGAUGCUGAUGACCCUUCCUAUGGGAACAGUGCCAGAAUCAUUUACAGCAUCCUUCAAGGACAGCCAUACUUCUCUGUGGAACCAGAAACAGGCAUCAUCAGGACUGCCCUGCCAAACAUGAACAGAGAAAACAGGGAGCAGUAUCAAGUAGUCAUCCAGGCAAAGGACAUGGGAGGCCAGAUGGGUGGAUUAUCAGGGACCACCACCGUGAACAUCACUUUAACUGAUGUCAACGACAAUCCACCUCGAUUUCCCCAGAGUACCAUCCACCUCCGCGUUCCUGAGUCUUCCCCCGUUGGGACAGCGAUUGGCAGCGUCAAGGCCACAGAUGCAGACACUGGGGAGAAUGCAGAAGUGGAGUACAGAAUUGUAGAUGGAGAUGGGACAGAUAUGUUUGAUAUCAUGACCCAGAAGGACACACAGGAAGGCAUCAUCACUGUGAGGAAGCCACUGGACUAUGAGACAAGGAGGAUUUAUACCCUGAAAGUGGAAGCUGAGAACACCCACGUGGAUCCACGCUUCUACUACCUUGGGCCUUUCAAAGACACAACCAUUGUGAAAAUCUCUGUAGAAGACAUAGAUGAGCCUCCAGUCUUCAGCAGGUCUUCUUACCUCUUUGAGGUGCAUGAAGAUAUCGAGUUGGGGACAAUCAUAGGAACAGUAAUGGCACGGGAUCCCGACUCAGCCUCGAGUCCAAUCAGGUUUUCCCUGGAUCGUCACACUGACCUUGACAGGAUAUUUAACAUCCAUUCUGGCAAUGGGUCCAUCUACACCUCGAAGCCACUUGACCGUGAGAUAUCCCAGUGGCACAAUCUUAGUGUCAUAGCAGCUGAGAUCAACAACCCCAAAGACACAACUCGUGUGCCUGUCUACGUUAGGAUUUUGGAUGUCAACGACAACGCCCCCCAGUUCGCCGUCUUCUACGAUACUUUUGUCUGUGAAAAUGCAAGAGCUGGGCAGCUUAUUCAAACCAUCAGUGCAGUGGACAAAGACGACCCUCUUGGUGGACAGAAGUUUUUCUUCAGUUUAGCUGCUGUUAACCCUAACUUCACUGUUCAGGAUAAUGAAGACAACACUGCCAGGAUCCUGACGAGGAGGAACGGCUUCAGUCGGCACGAAAUCAGCACUUACCUUCUGCCAGUGGUGAUCUCAGACAACGACUACCCCAUCCAGAGCAGCACUGGCACCUUGACCAUCCGCGUGUGCGCCUGCGACAGCCGCGGCAACAUGCAGUCCUGCAACGCCGAAGCCUUGCUACUCCCUGCUGGCCUCAGCACGGGGGCACUGGUGGCCAUUCUCCUUUGCAUCGUUAUCCUGCUGGUGAUCGUGGUGCUGUUUGCCGCUCUGAAGAGGCAGCGCAAGAAGGAGCCUUUGAUCCUCUCUAAGGAAGACAUCAGAGACAACAUCGUGAGCUACAAUGACGAAGGGGGCGGCGAGGAAGACACCCAAGCCUUCGACAUCGGCACGCUGAGGAAUCCUGCAGCCAUUGAAGACAAGAAGCUCCGACGAGACAUCCUCCCCGAAACCUUCUUUGUGCCACGGAGGACUCCCCCAGCCCCUGACAACACGGACGUCCGGGAUUUCAUUAACCAAAGGCUAAAGGAGCACGACACGGAUCCCUCCGCCCCACCCUACGACUCCCUGGCCACCUAUGCUUACGAAGGGAAUGAUUCCAUAGCGGAAUCCUUGAGCUCCUUGGAGUCAGGCACCACUGAGGGAGACCAAAACUAUGAUUACCUCCGCGAGUGGGGGCCUCGGUUCAACAAGCUGGCCGAAAUGUAUGGCGGAGGAGAAAGCGACAAGGACGCUUCGUAA